UGACGUCAUCACGACUGAGCCGUAAGUGAAAACGUGCGCGCGGCACGGAGAGGAAAGAGUCGCAGGCGUGAUGUGUCGGAAUAGAGGUGGCUAGGUGGUCGAUAUUAGCAGACGGUGCUUGGUCAUUUUCUUUCGCUGACCUGUUUUGUUCAUUACUAAUACAAGCUUUUACUAUCGCCUGCUCGGACCACUCGACGCACUGGACCGCAACAAAAUGCCAAAUAUCAAAAUAUUCAGUGGUAGCUCACACCCAGACCUGUCUCAAAAGAUAGCAGACCGCCUCGGUCUGGAGCUGGGGAAGGUUGUUACCAAGAAAUUUAGCAACCAAGAAACCUGCGUGGAGAUUGGCGAGAGUGUCCGAGGAGAGGAUGUUUACAUCGUCCAGAGCGGCUGUGGGGAGAUCAACGAUAACUUGAUGGAGCUCCUCAUCAUGAUCAACGCCUGCAAGAUUGCGUCUGCCUCCAGAGUUACUGCCGUCAUCCCUUGCUUUCCGUACGCCCGCCAGGACAAGAAGGACAAGGUGGGGAGUCGUGCUCCUAUCUCUGCCAAGUUGGUGGCCAAUAUGCUGUCUGUGUCAGGUGCUGACCACAUCAUCACGAUGGACUUGCACGCCUCACAAAUACAGGGAUUCUUUGACAUCCCAGUUGACAACCUCUACGCAGAGCCUGCUGUGUUAAAAUGGAUUAAAGAGAACAUACCCGAGUGGAAGACCUGUACCAUUGUCUCGCCAGAUGCUGGAGGAGCUAAGAGGGUCACCUCGAUCGCUGACAGGCUAAAUGUGGACUUUGCUCUCAUUCAUAAAGAACGGAAAAAGGCAAACGAGGUUGACCGCAUGGUUCUUGUCGGGGACGUGACAGCUCGAGUCGCUAUCCUCGUCGAUGACAUGGCGGACACCUGCGGUACCAUCUGCCACGCUGCUGACAAGCUGAUUUCUGCCGGUGCCACAAAGGUGUACGCCAUCCUAACCCACGGCAUCUUCUCUGGGCCUGCGAUCUCUCGUAUCAAUAAUGCCUGCUUUGAAGCAGUUGUGGUCACAAAUACAAUUCCCCAGGAGGAGAAAAUGAGGCAUUGUCCCAAAAUACAGGUUAUCGACAUCUCCAUGAUCCUCGCGGAGGCCAUCAGGAGAACCCACAAUGGCGAGUCGGUGUCGUACCUAUUUAGCCACGUACCCUUGUAACGGGGUCUACUGUCAGGCCCAAAUAAACGAAGAGGCAUAUCCCCAAAACACAACCGUUAGAGGACUCCCCUUCAACUGGGGAUGAAAAGAACUAUGUCUGUUACAUCCGUCCCACUCAUUUCUACAUUGUCUCUCACAAAUGGAAUACCAAAUAGGCCAUAUUUAUUGAGUUGAGAUUAAAUAUAGCAGGGAGUUGUGCAGCUGUAGCACAUGUUAAAUUGGAGUACCUCAGCAGUUUGAACAGAGAAGACCCUCCAUCAGCUUCUUUCCUCUGAAUUUUAAUUUUCGGUGAUAAACUUUUUUUUUUUUUUUUUUUUUUUUUUUUUAAGAGGAACAAAGCCUUUAGCAGGCUGAACGGGAUAAUUGAUUUUCUUUUAAACUUUUGAGGUAUGCCAAAGGUUUGCCUACUGAGGUUUUAUUUUUAAGAUAUUGUUCAAGCUUGGGAUUUUUGCAGGUAUGCUUACAUGAUUUGUACACAUACAGAUGCAUAUCAAUAAAUAAGAAUAUCCUUGGAAUUUUAUUAUAUUUAGUUCAAUUCAAAAAAUGAGAUGUGUAUAGUUUCACUCCAUAGGGUUAAUGAGUUAAAAAAAUGUAUACUUUUGAGUGACCAAAAACCCCAAAUUAAUCUAAAAAUGAGAAUAUUAUACAACAAGCAAUUCAUAUAAUAUUAAUGAGAUGCUUGACAAUGACAAAUUAUUCAGUGGUGUUGGUGAGAUAUUUGUGUAGCUAGAGC